AUGAAAUUUUUAUUUUUUCUUAUUAUUAUUAUUUUAACUUCAAUUCACAUUAAUUCAUCAAAAAUAAAACUAAAUAAUUUAUCACAAAAUAAUCAGAGUUCUAAAAAUAAUGUGAUAUUAAAUUUUCUACAAGAAUAUAUUGAUGAAGGCAUUGAUCCUUGUAGUGAUUUUUAUCAAUUUACUUGUGGAAAAUGGUUGUCAAGGAAUAUGUUAAAUGAAAAGUCUUUACAUAAUAAUGAAGAUAAUCUUAAUGAAUUUGUUAAUAAUCAAGUAAUGAGUUUGCUUAAAAAAAAUAUAUCAAACAAAUCAAGGACUAUUAAAAUGCUUAAAAUAGUUUUUGAUAAGUGUAUUAGUAACUUUCCCAUGAAUUCAUUAAGUAUUUGCCUGAAAUUUAUAAAUAAUCAAAUGAGUUAUGCUGUAGAUUCUCUUUAUGUUAAUGAAAAAAUUACAAAAAAUGAUAUGAAUGAAGUAAGUAAAGUAUUAAAAAAUUUAAAAAAUAUUUUUAUCACAACAUUUAAAAGACAAAAUUGGUUAAAAAAUGAAGAAAAAAAUGAAAUUAUUAUGAAGGUAAAAAAUAUGCAUUUUCAUUUUUCAUAUGAUAGUAUAAUUACAAAUUACACAAUUUUGGAUGAGUAUUAUCAAAAUUUGUUUAUUAAAGAAGAUGACAACUUUAAUGAGAUAAAAAAUAAGUUAAAAUCUUUUGUUGUAAGUGAUUUAUUUCAAAAAAAAUAUGAAAAUAAUGAUUAUAAUAGUUUGACUUCCAAAGCUACGGCAACUUAUUUUGAUGAGGAUAAUAAAGUAUUUAUUGGAGCUGGGUAUAUCAAUUUACCAUUUUAUCAUAUUAAACUUCCAAAAUCAAUGAUUUAUGGAGCUUUUGGUUCUUUAAUUGGUCAUGAAAUUAUGCACGCUUUUGAUAUGAAUGGUUUAAAAUUUGAUAAAAAUAGUAAAAUGACAAAGUGGUUUAGUGAAGAGACUGAGGAGAAGUUUAAAAAAAAAUCAAAAUGUUUUGUUAAACAAUAUGAUAAAUAUAUAGGAAAGCAAUCUAAAAUGCACAUUAAUGGUAAGGCAACAUUAAAUGAAAAUAUUGCUGAUAAUGAGGGAUUAAAAAUUUCUUUUAUGGCAUAUAAAACAAAUGUCAAAAUGAGAAAUAAACUUAACAUUCGUGUAUUGAAAAAUUAUACAAAUGAGCAAUUGUUUUUUAUAGCAUAUGGUAUGUCUUUUUGUACAAAUCGUUCAAUAAAAAAUGAAGUUCAAUUAAUAAAAUAUGGUGAAUAUUCCAGUGAACGUUAUCGAGUUAUUGGUGCUGUAUCUAAUAACAAUGAUUUUAUGGAAGCAUUUGGUUGUAAACUUGAUACACCAAUGAAUUCAUUAAAAAAAUGCAGAAUUUGGAAUUAA